CUGGGCCCCUCGGCGCUCCGUAGCUCCGCCAGCGGGGCGGGCGGUCCUUGGGCCUCGCCGCCGCAGUGUGGCAAGGAGGGGCGGGGCACGGCCCGACGCGCGGUCCUGCCCCCUCUCCCCCGGUUGACCUGCGGCGAGCUCUUUCCCUUGGUUCCGGCCCCGGCCUCCGCGGAAGUGGCUCCCGCCGCGUCCUGCCCCGGGGCUGCAACCACCGCCACGGUGGCGGCCGCGGCGUCUCGCCCCGCCUCGGCGGCGCUGGGCGCCGUGGUGUCCGCGGGUUCUGAGCCCACGGCGGGCCAGGGUCAGGGCCAGGCGGCGCCCGGCGCGUCCGCGUGGAGCGCGCUGUUCCGCCACGUCCGCUACGAGAGUCUGGUGGCCGGCGUGAGCGGCGGCGUCCUGUCCAACCUGGCGCUGCACCCGCUGGACCUCGUGAAGAUCCGCUUCGCCGUGAGCGAUGGAUUGGAACUGAGGCCAAAAUACAAAGGGAUUCUCCACUGCGUGGCCACUAUUUGGAAACUGGACGGACUGCGGGGACUUUAUCAAGGAGUCACCCCAAACGUGUGGGGCGCAGGAUUGUCCUGGGGACUCUACUUUCUCUUUUACAAUGCCAUUAAGUCGUACAAGACAGAAGGAAGAUCUGAACGGUUAGAGGCCACGGAAUACCUCAUCUCCGCUGCUGAAGCUGGAGCCAUGACCCUCUGCAUUACCAACCCUCUGUGGGUAACAAAAACGCGCCUGAUGCUACAGUAUGAUGGUGUCAAGUCGACACAGCGACAGUAUAAAGGAAUGUUUGAUACACUUGUGAAAAUAUAUAAGCAUGAAGGUGUGCGUGGAUUGUAUAAGGGCUUUGUGCCUGGGCUGUUUGGAACGUCUCACGGGGCUCUUCAGUUCAUGGCGUAUGAGUUGUUAAAGCUGAAGUACAAUCAGCACCUGGAGCGGCCGCCGGAAGCCCAGUUGAGCACAGCCGAAUACAUAUCUGUUGCGGCGCUUUCCAAAAUAUUUGCAGUGGCAGCCACGUACCCGUACCAGGUGGUCAGGGCCCGUCUCCAGGAUCAGCACAUGUCCUACAGUGGGGUGCUGGAUGUGAUCGCCAGGACGUGGAGGAAAGAAGGCAUCAGUGGAUUUUACAAAGGAAUUGCUCCCAACUUGAUCAGAGUGACUCCAGCCUGCUGUAUUACCUUCGUGGUCUAUGAAAAUGUUUCACAUUUCCUACUUGACCUUCGAGAAAAGAAAGUGAGCUAAAAGAAGAUAAUUCCAGUACCUCUGCCCAGGGCGGCAACAAGCUCCUUCAAGACAUAAAACUCAGACGAACGCUGCACAGCACCACAAGACGUAAUCAGAAUUGGCCUGUGGUGUUAGAAGUCAAGGACUGCCAGGCCUUGCAGCGUUCCUCGUUCGCCUUCGCCACCUGUGUGGCACUUGGCUGCUUCUGCUGUGACGGCUGCCCUCAUAUGAUGCUAAAACCAGCAGCAAGUCCGUUUCUCCUUCAUCAUUCAAGCAGAAACUGAUUUGCAACCUUUGUAAGCAGUUUAGAGGAAUCUGCUGCUUUUUCUGAUCUCAUUGCCUGGGUUGAAUUUAAAAUUGACCUUUGUGCAGUAGCAAGCAAAUGGCUUUUCGGGAGAGUGCCAGUGCCCCCAGGGUAAUGACCUGUGGGGGAAGGUGUCACCCGGACCAGUUGGGUGAGCAGUGCACGUAAAUGCACUCAUGCAGACGCCUGAGAAGUUACGCGCUGCUUGGAGAAACGCCUCAUAGCUGUUGUCAUUCCAUUGCUGACUCCUUUUCAGAGGCACUUCCAUAAUUUAAAACGUGAUCCUGAUUCACUUUUUGGCAUAAGUACUUAAUGUUUAAAUUUAUAAAAUCUGAACUUUUUAGAUUUAGCAAUGUCAGCCUUUAUUUAGCAUACAUAGCUACAAAUCACUUAACAG